AAUAAAGACAAGAGGAAAUACACCAAAAUAUACUGAGGCAUUUAAUCUUGUGAUUUGAUUUAAAGAUUACGUAGAAGACUUUCAAGUUUGCCACAACAAUGUCGAGUUGUUUCAUUUUGUUGCUCCACCUUGUGUGUUGUAUUUUAAUCGGUCUCGUGACAACAUCGAAACCAUUAUCAAUUUUAUUAAUAGAGCCUCUUCCAUCGCCCAGCCAUCAUGUCUGGACGACGAAUUUGAUUAAAGGAUUGCUCCGCAAAGGCCAUCAUGUACACGUAGUGAGCACACAUGAGACUAAGAUCAAAGAUAAACUUGCGCAGAACUUGACGUACGAUGUAUUCGAUGGUUUGAUGAAAGUAAUGGAAGAAUCUGAAGGGGAUUAUGAUCCGGUUAAAUGGGAACGGUAUAGCGCACUUUAUAUGAUAUAUUCUGCAUAUCAUCAAUGGGGAAUUCAUGUAUGUGACACAGUAAUAAAAACUAAAGCAGCGAAAAAGCUUUUGGAAAUGAUCAAGACAGUCGAGUUUGAUAUUAUAUUGCAGGAUAUUACAUUAAAUGAAUGUUUAUACGGAUUGUGGGAGAUUGCUAAAGGUAAACCACCCAUAGUAGGAUAUAUUCCGUAUGGCCCUGUACCUUGGCUCAAAGAUUUUAUCGGAGGUCCAAGUUAUCCAACUGUUCGACCUUAUCCAUAUUUACCCAUUGCGAAACCCAUAGGUUUGUGGCAGAGAACAUGGAAUACUGUAUGUUUUACUGUUGAUGAUUUCAUACGACAUUAUUAUUUCUUGUCUAUUAUGCAACGGCUUGCUGAGAAAUACGUAGGCCACACAAUUAGACCAUUACAUGAAAUAGAAAAAGACAGUAUUAAUAUUGUACUACUCAAUAGUCAUCCUGCAUUCGACCAUGGGAUUCCAUUGCCUCCGAACACUUUAGAGAUUGCAGGACUGAAUGCUCAGGCCAUAAAACCGAUUGAUGGCGAAAUAGUCGUAACAUAUCCCGAGGAUAUGCGCGAAUUCCUUGAUGGAGCAAAAAAUGGAGUCAUCAUAAUAUCGUUAGGAACAAACGUGAAAUGGAAGUCUAUCGGAUUAGACAAAGUUAAGGCUGUUUUAUUGGCUCUGUCGAAAUUAAAACAACGAGUAUUAUGGAAGCUAGAUAUUGAAGUGCCAUUUGAAAUACCGGAUAAUCUGAUGAUUGUAAAAUGGAUGCCGCAACGCGAAGUUUUAUCUCAUAAGAAUAUCAGAGCAAUUUGGACUCAUGGUGGUCUUCUCAGUAUACAGGAAGCCAUUUGGAAAGGUGUACCAAUGAUUGUAAUGCCUUUCUUUGUAGACCAAAAAUGCAAUGCACAAAAAGUAGUAGCUAAGGAUGCUGGAGUAUACUUAGAUGUUAAAACACUGUCCACGCAGACUGUAUUACAUGCAGUGGAAGAAAUACUUUACAAUGAAAGAUAUACAAGAAACAUGAAACAAUUAUCUAGUGAAUUCCGAGAUCGACCAAUACCGCCGUUAGAUUUAGCUAUUUGGGGCAUUGAAUAUGCAGUCCGCCAUCCAAAUGGGACUUUAAUAACUCCACUUAGGUAUCAAAGCUGGAUGGAACAAAAUCUAAUCGAUGUUUAUGCAUUUUUAUUCUUUAAUUUUACUGUAAUAUUGUUAAGUAUAUUCUUAACAAUAAAAAUAUUUAUUAAGUUUUAUUAUCGUAUAUAUACCAUAUUUAACAACAAAUUAUACAAAAGGAAACAGGCUUGAAAGAGAAUGAGAAAGAGAGUUACUUGUAAAUAUCGACAGGCACUGCAUGUAUAUAUAUGUACGGUAAAUAUACAGAUCAGGGGACCCCCC